AUGCAAACGCUCCUGCCGAUUAUUUGGCUUACCGAUAUCUGUUCAGGAUUUCUUGAAAAGCCAGCUUUUUGCGCCAUGGAAUUUACACGAGAAACAAUGCCUGGCGCUCGAUUUUAUGACGGCAAAAAAUUGAACAUCCCUGUUUCGACUGAAGCCGGUCUGGAUCUGUACGAACGUUGGAUCCACCAAGGACUCAGCGGUAUCAUGUCUGCUGUGGCUCGCAAACGCGCGAAGGACCUCAACGAAUAUCAUCGCAACAAACUCUACAAAUGUUCGAAAAACGCUGAAAAUGUCGUGGAACAGGCUCGGUGUGUUAUUCAGGCUAUCGAUGCCAAGAUGCCCCAGCCCCCAUCAAACUCAAAUGGCCCAUCGCGUUUGAAUGUCCUGCGAAGUCUCCUCGAAAAUCAGGAACAGACGCCGAUUUCGAUGACGGUCACUACGGACGUCAUUCAGCGAAUUGAGUUUCGCACAAAACGCAACGUUGUCAAUCGUUACAAUUAUCGGCUACUUUGGGAGUACGAGACAAAAACACCAUUCGGCAUUCUCGGCAAAUACCUCUCAAGAACAAUCAAAAUGAUCAAGAAUAAGGAUCAGCAACAGCAAUCGUUAGCGCAGCUUGUUUUUUUCCAUUGGUCAGCAAUGAUUGCAAAAAUGGAGAAUAUACAAACAGUGAUUGCCGAAAAACAGCAAAUUGGCGAAGCCUUGAAAACCAGACUCAAGUUUAGCAAACCACGAAAUGAACGG